AUGCAGUAUCUGAUUUCAGGCGGCAUGGGCCGUCUUGUCCUCUUGAUUGGACUGUUUACUUUUCUUCCUCAAGCGUAUGCCAGAGCCGUAUUCGCCCAUUUCAUGGUGGGUAAUACCGAACGUUAUGAGGUGUCCGACUGGAAGCAUGAUAUCACCCUCGCACAAGAGGCGCAUAUUGAUGCUUUCGCUCUCAACAUGGCCCAUAACGAGGCAACGAAUGAACGGUCUGUUAGGAAUGCCUUCCAGGCAGCCGAGAGCCUUGGAUUUCAGUUGUUCUUCUCUUUCGAUUACGCCGGAAAUGGGCCAUGGCCGCAAUCAGAGGUCAUCGCGAUGCUUCAAAAGUACUCCUCCAGUUCGGCCCAUUACCGUUACCAGGGCAAGCCUUUUGUGUCCACCUUUGAGGGGCCUGGCAAUGCCGAAGACUGGAUUGCCAUAAAGGCUGCUACUGGCUGCUUCUUUGUCCCUGACUGGUCUUCGCUGGGCGCUAAGCCGGCUCUUCAACUUGCAGGGGGCGUGGCAGAUGGCUUGUUCUCGUGGGCAGCCUGGCCCACCGGGUUGGGACGAAUGAAUACCUACGUUGACGCAUCGUAUAUCCAGUACUUGGAGGAGUCAGGGAAGCCAUAUAUGAUGCCAGCCUCUCCGUGGUUUUAUACCAAUAUGCCUGGGUAUGACAAGAACUGGCUUUGGCACUCGGACUCUCUCUGGUACGAUCGCUGGGUGGAAAUUGCCUAUCUACAACCGGAGUGGGUCGAGAUAAUCUCCUGGAACGACUACGGCGAGUCGCAUUAUAUUGGUCCCCUCAACGACAAGGCAUACGUGGCGUUUCUCACAGGGAGGGCGCCCUAUAACUACGUGCUCGAUAUGCCUCAUGAUGGAUGGCGGACACAGCUCCCGUAUCUCAUUGAUUUGUAUAAGACGGGGACAUCGUCGGUGACAAAGGAGAACUUGGUCGUCUGGUAUCGCACCAACCCCCGAACUACCUGUUCUGGUGGAGGCACAACAGGAAAUACGGCAAGUCAACUCCAGAUCGAGUACGACGCGUACACCUUGGUGGACGACAAAGUCUUUUUCUCCGCACUACUCGGCUCUAAUGCAACCAUUACCGUCAGUAUCGGCGGCCUUGAAUAUGACGGCCGCUGGGAGUUUGAGCCAGAUGGCGGUGUCGGCAUCUACCAUGGCAGCUUCCCCUUCAAUCUGCAUCUGAUUGGCGAGGUAAUAGUCACUAUCUCGCGAAAUAGCAAAGAUGUGCUUACUGUCAAAGGCAAGGCCAUCUCAGACACGUGCGUCAGUGGCCUGGCCAAUUUUAAUCCGUGGGUGGGAUCUGCCACUGCUGGAUCAACUAUCAAAGCUGUAUCACCGAAGCUGAAGCUCUCCGAACAAACUUGUAUCAAAGGGUCCGGAGCUGGAAACUUCGCCGGUCUGUGCCAGUUCACUUGCAAGUAUGGAUAUUGUCCGGUAGGCGCAUGUUAUUGCACUGCGAUGGGUGCCGAAAAGAAGAAGCCAAAAGCCACAGGCAAGAAAGGAUAUCCCAAAAAUGGCGAUGCCAAUUACGGAGGGCUUUGCUCGUUCGCUUGCAACCUUGGGUACUGUCCCGAAUCAGCGUGCUCAGACACACCGUCGCCACCAUAUAUUCCGCCCAGCUCCCCGUUUGCCGCCCGUGCUUGCACAGGGGGCGAGAGUGAGCAUGGAGAAAAGUAUGCCGGGCUGUGCAGUUUUGCCUGUGCUUAUGGCUAUUGCCCUAUUAGCACCUGCUGGUGCGCUACAGUAGGUGAUUUGAACGUUCCACCACCCCCAUCCGAUGUCAAAGGCGUCCCAGACACCAGUGAUGCAGAUGAGUAUGAACUGCUCAAAGGGCUCUGCAAUUUCGCGUGUAGUCGAGACUAUUGCCCUCCAGGUGCCUGCAGACUGGCCUCUGAAGGUGAUGAUGAGUAUGACGAUGACGAUGGCGACGAUGACCGGCCAACAGAGAUUAUCGUGGAUGGAUCGAUCUGGCAGGACGCAAACCCAGCAGUCAGCUGCGGCUCAGACUGCAUUCUCGUGCUCCCUCCAGUUACCCUCCCAAGCCCGACAGUCAUCACAUUCGAUAAUGACCAAGGGGGCUACCAAACCACGUUGAACGUGGCAUGGGAGGUUCCUGUCACUACCACAUUGCCGGAUGGCCAAGUGGUAACUACUUCGAGUAUUAGCCAUAUUCUGCAAGAGACCAGGAUUUCCGUCCCUCCGACCACGGUUAGUGUCUUGCCGUUGUGGCCGGUAACAAUCACGAGCCCAACUCCUACGACAACCAUUUAUCCUAUGUAUCGUAUUCCUCCGCAGACAAUCGUUAUUACGGAUGACCCGAACCCCCUGUCGGAGGAGGGCGUCUCGCAUCCACCAGUGACACGAGAUAUUACCAUCCCGCCUUACCCCUGGGUAUCUGAAUCAGCCCGAGACACCAAAAUUCCGCCUGUCACGUUUACUUCGGCUUCAGACAGCAGCAAUGGUCCAAAAUGCACCAACCGUGCCCGAUGUGGCUCCGGAUGCCAUUCUAGAUCCUUCUGUGGAGAUGGCCCAUGUCUCAUCGGCUGCGGUGGCGGAGGCUUCGCUGCCUCGAACGACCCAAAACCGCUCCCGAACCCUCAUCCGGGCCCUAGCCACAACAAAAACGACGACCCUGAGGACGACGACGACGAUUCCCAGACAUGUACAACGACAGCAACCGUCACUGAUGUCUGGGUCUCAUGCUCGACCAUCAAUCCCUCCUCCACUUCCUGCACCACCACUAGUAGUCAUGUCCACACCGGCUGCCGCGCCACGGCCUCGGCCACUACCACCGGUGUCAGUGAUACCUGCCUCCUGAACUCUCGAGACGAAGACCAAGGUUCCGAUGGUGGUGCUGGGUCUGGUCUCAUAACCACCAUUGAUGACCGCAAGUCCACGGCUACCUCAGCAACAAAGACGACCGCCACCCCAAAGCCAAUCCCGACCAGGAGCGUCCAGCAGGGCGUCCUAACAUGCCGGUCGGACAUUGACAACUAUCCCCAAGGCGAUUCACGAUAUUAUGCUACUUUGACUGAUAUCAGCACCGCCGCUCAGCAAAUGUGCGAGGGUUUAUUUACUGACUUCAACGACGGGGUCCAGUUUACUUCGGUGAAGGGCAUUGGAGAGCGCAAUACCUGGUCGCUUGUGAUGCAGUACACGAAGGGAAGCGGCUGUCCUGCGGCCCCCAACUUUAAAGCCAAAAAGCAUCAGGCGGCCAUUGAUACCUGCACCGAGAAUCUGAACGUCAUCAUCAAUAACUGUGACGUUGCAGCAAAUGGUCAUGACUACUGGAAGAGAGGAGGCAAGUUUGUGCGAGAC